AUGCCUGUCGAGACCAAGACGAGAGACACCGGCGAGAAGCCUCCAACAUCGGCAUUUGUCACAAAUGGACGGGCGGGCGUUGACUCGAUCAACGGCACCAAGCAGAUGGGCGUCUUCGCCGGAGGACAAGUCUAUCUCGAUCCGAUCCUGAUGCGCAAGGACAUUACCAUAGUCCACGUCAACUUUGAACCCUGCGCGCGAACCCACUGGCAUAAACAUGAGGGAGGACAGCUGCUCAAGGUCACUGCCGGCUCGGGAUGGGUUUGUGACCAAGGCGAGAAGCCCAGAAGAAUAUCAGUCGGUGAUAUCAUCUGGUGCCCUCCUGAUGGCAUCCACUGGCAUGGGGCAGACGAUGGGACCUUCAUGUCUCACGAAGCCAUAUCUUUCGGCAGGUUGGACUGGUACGAUCCGGUCACUGAUGAAGUUUAUGCGGCAAAGACGUGA